UGACUCCUCCCUCACUAAGAGGGAUCAGUGGCAGUCAAUGAGAGCGACACACUGUCACUCUAAUACCUCCACGGCACCCCCUGCGGAGUGACAGAGAGAGAGAGGGAGUGUGAGAGUGCGCCUGCACCUAGUCCCCGGCUCAGAGCUGUCACCACACGCUGUGGAUGUAGCCGAGGGGGGUCCUGGCGAAGGAGACGGUCCCUCGCUCCGAUGAGGUCCUCACCAUCCCAGGAUCCUACACAGUGACUUCUGAUGUCCAGGAAUAAUCCGGAAAGAUGGUCAUUCUUCAGCAGGGGGACUACGUGUGGCUGGACCUUAAAACCGGAAGAGAGUUUGGGGUCCCCAUUGGCGCCGUGGUCAAGCUGUGUGACUCCGGACAGAUCCAGGUGCUGGACGAUGAGGGAAACGAGCACUGGAUCUCCCCACAGAAUGCUACCAACAUCAAGCCCAUGCACCCCACCUCCAUCCAUGGCGUGGAGGACAUGAUCCGACUGGGCGACUUAAACGAGGCCGGCAUCCUAAGAAACCUCCUGAUCCGAUACCGGGAGCACCUCAUCUAUACGUACACAGGCUCCAUCCUGGUGGCAGUGAACCCUUACCAGCUGCUGCCCAUCUACUCAGCCGACCAGAUCCGCCUCUACACCAACAAGAAGAUCGGUGAGAUGCCACCACACAUCUUCGCCAUCGCGGAUAACUGCUACUUCAACAUGCAGCGCAACAACAAGGACCAAUGCUGCAUCAUCAGCGGCGAGUCUGGGGCGGGAAAGACUGAGAGCACCAAGCUGAUCCUUCAGUUCCUGGCCGCUAUUAGUGGGCAGCACUCCUGGAUCGAGCAGCAGGUUCUGGAGGCUAACCCCAUCCUGGAAGCCUUUGGCAAUGCCAAGACGAUUCGCAACGACAACUCCAGCCGUUUUGGCAAGUACAUCGACAUUCACUUCAACAAGAGAGGCGCCAUCGAGGGAGCCAAGAUCGAGCAGUACCUUCUGGAAAAAUCCAGAGUUUGCAGACAGGCCCAAGACGAGAGGAACUAUCAUAUCUUCUAUUGCAUGCUGAAGGGCAUGACUCCCGAACAGAAGAAGAAGCUGGGUCUGGGAAAGGCCACGGACUACACGUACCUCACCAUUGGCAACUGCACAGUGUGUGACGGCCGGGACGACAUGAAGGAGUACUCCAACAUCCGCUCGGCGAUGAAGGUCCUGAUGUUCACCGAUACGGAGAACUGGGAGAUCUCCAAGCUGCUGGCAGCUAUCCUCCACCUGGGCAACCUGCGUUACGAAGCCAGGACUUAUGACAACCUUGAUGCCUGUGAAGUGGUGAGAUGCCCUGACCUCAUUACCGCAGCUACGCUGCUGGAGGUGGACCCCAAGGAUCUGAUGAACUGCCUGACCAGCAGAACCAUCAUCACCCGCGGGGAGACGGUUUCCACGCCGCUCAGCAUGGAGCAGGCCCUGGACGUGCGAGACGCUUUCGUGAAGGGGAUUUACGGCAGGUUGUUCGUUUGGAUCGUGGACAAGAUCAACGCCGCCAUCUACAAGCCUCCAUCCACCGAGCCCAAGGCCGUGCGACGCUCCAUCGGCCUGCUGGACAUCUUCGGCUUCGAGAACUUCACCAACAACAGCUUUGAGCAGCUGUGCAUUAACUUCGCCAACGAGAACCUGCAGCAGUUCUUCGUGCGGCACGUGUUCAAGCUGGAACAGGAGGAGUACAACCUGGAGAACAUCAACUGGCAGCACAUCGAGUUCACCGACAACCAGGACGCCCUCGACAUGAUCGCCAUCAAGCCCAUGAACAUCAUCUCGCUCAUCGACGAGGAGAGCAAGUUCCCCAAGGGUACUGACACCACCAUGCUGAAUAAACUCAACUCCCAGCACAAACUGAACACCAAUUACAUCCCCCCAAAGAACACUUAUGAAACCCAGUUUGGGAUCCAGCACUUCGCUGGGGUGGUUUUUUACGAGACGAAAGGCUUCCUGGAGAAGAACAGAGAUACCUUGCAUGGCGACAUCAUCCAGCUGGUCCACUCCUCCAGGAACAAGUUUAUCAAGCAGAUUUUCCAGGCUGAUGUUGCUAUGGGUGCCGAGACUCGGAAACGCUCGCCCACGCUCAGCAGUCAGUUCAAGCGCUCGCUGGAGCUGUUGAUGCGCACCCUCAGCGUGUGCCAGCCCUUCUUCGUCCGCUGCAUCAAGCCCAAUGAGUUCAAGAAGCCUAUGCUGUUUGACCGCGAGCUGUGCGUCCGCCAGCUGCGCUACUCUGGCAUGAUGGAGACCAUCCGCAUCCGCCGGGCUGGCUACCCCAUACGUUACACCUUCGUGGAGUUUGUGGACCGUUACCGUGUCCUCAUGCCCGGGGUCAAACCCGCCUACAAGCAGGAGGACCUGCGGGGUACCUGUCAGCGCAUCGCAGAAGCUGUCCUGGGGAGGGACGACGACUGGCAGAUGGGGAAGACCAAGAUCUUCCUCAAGGACCACCAUGACAUGCUGCUGGAGAUCGAGCGGGAUAAGGCUAUCACCGACAAGGUCAUCCUCAUCCAGAAGGUGGUGCGGGGCUUCAAGGACAGAUCAAAUUUCCUUAAAAUGAGGAAGUCUGCCCUGUUGAUCCAGAAGACCUGGAGGGGUUAUUACUGCCGAAAGAACUACAGUGCAAUGCGAGUUGGCUUCUCACGCCUCCAGGCCCUGUACCGCUCGCGGAAGCUGUACGUUACCUACCACAUGACCCGGCAGCGCAUGACGCACUUCCAGGCCCGGGGCCGAGGCUUCCUGGUGCGCCGGGCCUUCCGGCACCGCCUGUGGGCCGUCAUCACCAUCCAGGCCCACACACGCGGCAUGAUCGCUCGCAGGCUCUACAGGAGGCUCAAGGGCGAGUACCGGCGCCGCUUGGAGGCCGAGAAGAUGCGUCUGGCUGAGGAGGAGCGGCUCCGUAACCAGAUGAGUGCCAAGAAGGCUAAGGCAGAGGCCGAGCGAAAGCACCAGGAGCGACUGGCACAGCUGGCACGCGAGGACGCCGAGCGGGAGCGGCGGGAGCGCGAGGAGGCGCGGCGCAAGAAGGAGCUGCUGGAGCAGACGGAGAAGGCGCGGCACGAGCCCGUCAACGACUCCGACAUGGUCGACAAGAUGUUCGGCUUCCUGGGUACCACCAGCUCCUUCCCUGGUCAGGAGGGCCAGGCCCCCACGGGCUUUGAGGAUCUUGAGCGUGCCCAGAAGGAGCUUGAGGAAGAAGACCUGGAUGAGGCCCUACCCCUUCCCGAGGAAGAGGAAGAGGACCUGUCGGAGUACAAAUUUGCCAAGUUUGCUGCCACCUACUUCCAGGGCACGACCACGCACAGCUACAUGCGGAGGCCGCUGAAGCAGCCACUGCUCUACCACGAGGACGAAGGUGACCAGCUGGCCGCCCUGGCCGUCUGGAUCACAGUGCUGAGGUUCAUGGGUGACCUCCCCGAGCCAAAGUACCACACGGCCAUCAGCGACGGCAGCGAGAAGAUCCCUGUCAUGACCAAGAUCUACGAGACCCUCGGGAAGAAGACCUACAAGCGGGAGCUGCAGGCACUUCAGGGGGAGGGGGAGACUGGCCACGUUGACAGUCACAAGAAGAGCAGUGUACGCCACAAGUUGGUAUCGCUGACGCUGAAGAAGAAGUCGAAGAUCACAGAGGAGGUGACCAAGCGUUUGAAUGAUGGUGAGUACACCCUGCAUGGCAACAGCAUGCUGGAGGACCGGCCCACCUCCAAUCUGGAGAAACUGCACUUCAUCAUCGGCAACGGUAUCCUACGGCCUGCCCUCAGAGAUGAGAUCUACUGUCAGAUCUGCAAGCAGCUGACCCAGAAUCCUUCCAAGAGUAGCCACGCUCGUGGGUGGAUCCUUGUCUCGCUCUGUGUGGGCUGCUUUGCCCCCUCUGAGAAGUUUGUCAAAUAUCUGAGGAAUUUCAUCAGUGGGGGGCCCCCUGGUUAUGCCCCCUACUGUGAGGAGAGGCUGAGGAGGACCUUUGGUAACGGCACACGGACCCAGCCGCCCUCUUGGCUGGAGCUCCAGGCCACCAAGUCGAAGAAACCCGUAAUGCUCCCUGUGACAUUUAUGGAUGGAACAACCAAGACUCUGCUGACUGAUUCGGCCACCACCGCCAAGGAGCUGUGUAACGCCCUGGCAGACAAGAUCGGGCUGAGGGACACCUUCGGCUUCUCUCUCUACAUCGCGCUUUUUGACAAGGUGUCCUCGCUGGGCAGCGGGAAUGAUCACGUGAUGGAUGCCGUGUCCCAGUGCGAGCAGUACGCCAAGGAGCAGGGAGCCCAGGAGCGCAACGCCCCCUGGAGGCUGUUUUUCCGCAAGGAGAUCUUCACACCCUGGCACAACCCUGCCGAUGACAAUGUGGCCACCAACCUGAUCUACCAGCAGAUCGUUCGUGGUGUGAAGUUCGGAGAGUACCGCUGUGACCGGGAGGAGGACCUGGCAGAGCUGGCCUCCCAGCAGUACUACGUGGACUACGGCUCCGAGAUCCUGCUGGAGCGUCUGCUCAGCCUCAUCCCGUCCUACAUCCCCGACCGCGAGAUCAGCUCCACCCGCACCCUCGAGAAGUGGGCUCAGUUUAUCAUGGCAGCACACAAGAAGGGAAUCUAUGCUCAAAAGAGGAUGGACCCCCAAAAGGUCAAGGAGGAAGUGGUGGAUUUUGCCCGAUACAAGUGGCCUUUACUGUUUUCCCGGUUUUACGAGGCCUUCAAAUUGUCAGGGCCCAGCCUGCCUAAGAACGACGUAAUUGUGGCAGUGAACUGGACAGGGGUUUACUUUGUGGAUGAGCAGGAGCAGGUGCUGCUGGAGCUCUCCUUCCCCGAGAUCACAGCCGUGUCCAGCAGCAGGGGCGGUAAGCUGCAAGGACAUAGCUUCACAUUGGCCACCAUCAAGGGGGAAGAGUACACUUUCACCUCCAACAAUGCAGAGGACAUCCGCGACCUGGUGGUCACCUUCCUGGAGGGCUUGAGGAGGAGGUCAAAGUUCGUUGUGGCUCUGCAUGACAACCCCAAUCCCACUGGGGAUGACUCCACGUUCCUGAGCUUCCUCAAGGGGGACCUCAUCCUGCUGGACCAGGACACCGGGGAGCAGGUCAUGAGCUCAGGCUGGGCACAUGGCAUCAAUGACCGGACCAAGCAGAGGGGCGACUUCCCGGCCGACUGUGUCUAUGUGCUGCCCACCAUCACCAGGCCCCAGCCUGACGUUGUGGCCCUGGUCACUAUGACCCCAGACCAGCGCCAGGAGUCCAUCCGACUGACCCAGCUAUCCCUGGCUGACAGCGAGGAGCGCAUCAAGCCCUACACCCUAGAAGAGUUUUCCUACGACUACUUCAGGCCCCCCCCCAAACACACGCUGAGCCGUGUCAUGAUCACCAAGAACCGCGGCAAAGACAAGAUGUGGUGCUGCACCCGGGAGCCCAUCAAGCAGGCGCUGCUGAAGAAGGUUCUCAGCCACGAGGAGCUGUCUCAAGAAGCCUGCAUGGCCUUCAUCGCCGUCAUGAAAUACAUGGGCGACUACCCAUCCAAACGCAUGCGGUCCGUGAAUGAGCUCACCGACCACAUCUUCGAAGGGGCCUUGAAGGCAGAGCCACUCAAGGAUGAGAUGUACUGCCAAAUUCUGAAGCAGCUCACAGAAAACCAUAUAAAGUAUAGUGAGGAGAAAGGCUGGGAGCUGCUCUGGCUCUGUACAGGCCUGUUUCCACCCAGCAACCUGCUGCUACCCCAUGUUCAGAGGUUCUUACAGGCUAAGAGGCAGCACCCGCUGGCCUCGGACUGCAUGCAGCGUCUGCAGAAGGCCCUGAGAAACGGCUCCAGGAAGUACCCGCCCCACUUGGUGGAGGUGGAGGCCAUCCAGCACAAGACCACGCAGAUCUUCCACAAAGUGUAUUUCCCUGACGACACAGACGAGGCUUUUGAGGUGGAGUCAAGCACGAAAGCCAAAGAUUUCUGCCUGAACAUUUCCAGCCGCCUGCUGCUGAAGUCCUCCGAGGGCUUCAGCUUAUUUGUGAAGAUCUCCGACAAGGUGAUCAGUGUACCGGAAGGAGAUUUUUUCUUUGAUUUCGUCAGGCACCUCACGGACUGGAUCAAGAAAGCCCGGCCUGUAAAGGACGGUAUAGUGCCUUCAUUGACCUACCAGGUAUUCUUCAUGAAGAAACUGUGGACCAACACCGUUCCAGGGAAGGACUCGUUUGCAGACUCAAUUUUUCAUUACUACCAGGAGCUCCCCAAAUACCUGCGCGGCUACCACAAGUGCUCGCGCGACGAGGUCUUCCAGCUGGCCGCACUCAUCUACCGUGUCAAGUUCGAAGACGACAAGUCCCACUUCCCCAGUAUCCCCAAGAUGCUGAGAGAGCUGGUACCCCAAGACCUGAUAAGGCAGAUGUCUCCUGACGACUGGAAACGCUCCGUGGUGGCGUACUUCAACAGGCAUGCUGGGAAAUCAAGGGAGGAGGCCAAGCUGAUGUUCCUCAAAAUUAUUUUCAAGUGGGCAACGUUUGGAUCGGCCUUCUUCGAGGUGAAGCAAACUACGGAGCCAAAUUUCCCGGAGAUCCUCCUGAUAGCGAUUAACAAGCAUGGCGUCAGCCUCAUCGACCCAAAGAGCAAGGACAUCCUGAUCACGCACCCCUUCACCAAGAUCUCCAACUGGAGCAGCGGGAACACCUACUUCCACAUCACCAUCGGCAACCUGGUCCGAGGCAGCAAGUUGCUGUGUGAGACCUCGCUGGGCUACAAGAUGGAUGACCUCCUGACCUCGUACAUCAGCCAGAUGUUGACCACCAUGAGCAAACAACGGGGUGCCCGUGUCAACAGCAAGUGAACUGAUUAUUGGCUGAGAGCUAUUGAGCUUUUCCGGCUGCUCCGCCCCCUGGGCCAGCCCUGCAGCUGGGGCCACACCUACUCCGCCCGUGUAUGGAGAAUGAGUCGAAGUCCCUCCCCCAGCACUGUUGGCUCUGACAUCGAUGAACCCGCCCCCUCUUCUCCUUCCAGUGAGGAUGACUACCUCUGAGGUUCCCCUUUCUCUCUUGUUCUCUCUUCUUCUCACCUGCCCUCCCCGCUGACCCCCCUGGAAAGCCAGCUAGCCAAUCGGGGCCUUCUGGGGAGCCACACCCAUCUGACUGUGACAAUUCCUCCUUUGAUAAAGUCACACACAGGGACAAAGGGGUCAGUACAGAUUCGGGUUAUAUUGCCUGAAUGACCUGUACUCAGUUCUGAUGCCACGAACCAGCAUCAGAAAUGUUCUGCAAACUCCACAAAUGUCACACCCCCUCCCCACACCUGCAAAAGCAACUAUUUACAUUGCUGUUACAUUGCUGUAAAUUCAUAUCACUAAAUGUAAUCUGUAUGAUUUCACUCAAGUUUGAAAGCCUUAAUUUUUUGUACCAGUUUGUACUUAUACUGUUUUGUCAUUAGGACUGACAUUCAUAUAUGUGGCUAUAUAAUGUUUCAGAAUAGGUUUGUUUUGUAAAGGGUCCGUUUCCAUUUGUGAAUUUAGGUAUUUUACAUUUUAGGAUGCAGAACCCAAAGUGAGACGUCUGAUUAUUAAACAUGGCAGCCGCCAGGCGGCUUAUUGAGCCGCUUGAUGCUGAUGAAAUGACCUGCUGUGGACGUCACUCAGCUCCCGUAAAGCACACAAGCUUCCCCACUCCGGUGGCUUGAGAAAAUGGAAGUGAACUAAGUCAUGUGACAGAUUAGACCACACCCCCCUCUCACCCGCACAAUAUAAAGUUAAUGUUCCGUUAACGUACUUAUAAUGGAUUUUUUGUGGCAUGAAGGGUUUGUGGCAUUGAGUUUGUAUUUGUCUAUUCAAAACAUUCAGAAGUGUAAUAACUGGUCUAUCAUGCUGUCAUACCCCACGGGCGGAACUGGCUGACAGCUCAGUAUAAUCGCUUCGUGUUCAAUAACGAUAGUGAGUUGAGAUGCAUUUUUCAAAACCUCUCCCCCGGUGACACGCAAAUAUAGACCCUCUACAAGAGCAUCUCCUCUUGGCUUUUUACAUGAUGUGGUCUCCAUAGCAACGAGGCCAAGACGGAUCUAGGCAAGAGUUUGGACGGCCCUUGUAGCAUGCAGGUCUGCUGAGUUUACAGUGUAUUUAAUGUUAGUGUGUGUGUGUGUGUGUGUUUCACGUUUUAACGAAGUUUUAAUAUAUAUACAUUAAAUUAAAAAUAAACAAGUUGGAAAGCUGAUAUUUUUAUUUGAAAGGGGCACGCCUCUACCACAAGCGCAUUGUUCUAUCUUAAAAGAAGCAGUUUUAUAAAAAAAUAAUAAACUUAUUCAAAUGUU